AGUAAUAUAAAGAAAUAAUGUCUUACUUCUACCUAUAUAUAUAUAGUCUCUGUUUCUUUUAUGAACACACACAAUCUACACGUAAGAUACUUCGUAAAGAGUAAAGCACGCGGUGUGGUUAAAUAUGGAUUUGUCGACAAAUUAUUUGGAAGAUUUAGAUGAUACAGAUAAAGAUGUAUCAGAGUCUCAUAAUAAACUUCUUGAAGCUGUAUCACAGCUUGAUAAAGGCCAAAGAGUAAAAAAGGCAGAGCGAAGUGAACCUACGUUAGAAGUAUCAGAAUUUCAUUUAGUAAAAAGUGGAGUAUUUAAUCAAGAUGCAGUUCAUGUAUACGAUUUAGCUAGAGCUUUAGGAAAAAAAGGUCAUCAUCAUGAAAUUAUCAGAAAUUUACAAGCUAUAAAGAAAAAAGUUCAAGUUUUACCAAAACCAUUGGAGAAACCAGCAGCAGACAGGAUAAAGAGAAUAGUUGGUUUUAAAAAUACAAAACAAGAAUUAAAAAAAUGGAACGCUGUAAUAACAAGGAACAGAACAGCAGAAUCGCUUCGUUUUCCUUUAAAUCAGUCAUCAAUGCAAUUUGAGCCAUCUACGAAAUUUGUUAAAAGAUUUAGACUCCAGUCAGAUUUAGAGAAAGAACUUGCUGCACUAGAACCACAGAAAGAAAACCUUGAACAAAAGCAUGAUGAAUUUUCUUUAACAUUGAAGGAAGUUAUUAUGAAAAGAAAAGAAGCUGCCAGAAUCAGAGCACAACAGUCUUAUAGAGAAGCAAAGGCUCAUCGCCAAAAUAAAAUUAAAAGUAAAAAAUUUCAUCGUAUUCAAAGAAAAGAAAAAAUAAAAUUACAAUUGAGAGAGUUUGAAGAAUUACAAAAAACUAAUCCAGAAGCUGCAUUGGAAAAACUUGAACAGCUAGAUAGAACUAGAGCAGAAGAGCGAAUGACACUAAGGCAUAAAAAUACAGGGAAGUGGGCUAAAUCUAAGCAAAUUAUGGCAAAAUAUGAUAAAGAAGCUCGGCAAGAACUUGCACAACAAUUAUCAGUUGGUCGAGAAUUAACUCAGAAAUUAAGAAAAUCAAAUGAUAGUGAAGAAGAAGAUGCAGGUGAUGAUACAUCUGUACAAAAGCUUUUAGUUAAUGAUAAGGAAAAUCCUUGGGUAGGGAAUACCAAAACUGAAUCAGAAAUCAAUGAAUUUAUUAAAAGUUAUCGUAAAUAUUGGGAUGAUCAAAAUAAGAAGUUAGAAAAUAAACAAAUGGAUAAUUCAUUAAAGGAUACACAACCUGAUGGUAUUUUAAAUGACAAAGAUACUGACGUUGAUAUAGACUUUCCUGAAACUCGAAACAAUGAAAAGAUACAAGAAGUUGGAAAUUUUAGUGAGCAGACGAUUUCAUUAGUAGAUACUAGUUUGAAAGAUAACAAUAGUAAUAAUAAGCAAUCACUUGAAAUUGACAGUCACAAUGAAAAUUUAACAAUAACAGAAUUUAAUGUUGAAAAUACAAAGAAUAAUUCACAUAACAAAAUUACACAAAACAGCAUGUUAGAUAGCAAUAAAAAAUCUAAUAGAAAAAUUAAAUUACACAAAAUAAAUUCAAAUAACGUUAUAGCCACAUCUAGUUGGAUAGUGGAAUCUAUAGAAAACACUAAUGUAGAAAGCGUCAUUAAUUCUUUGACAUCUAAUAUAACAAAUAGUGAAAAAAUAACUAAAAUAUUUGAUUUCAUGGAAGAAAAGAUUCAAGAUCAGAUUAAAUUGAAACUUGAAUGUGUUACUCAGAAUUAUGACAAAGUAAAAGUUAAGAAGAAAAGAAAAUCUAGAAACAUUGAAUUUGGAGAAGAUAAUUUCGAUGGCCUUGAAAUGCAAGAGAAAAAACAAAAACCUAUUUUAGAUUUAGGUUUAGAUGAAAGUGUUGAUAAAAAUAAUGCAGAAGCGGAUACCGAAUUAGAAAAAGUUAAAAAAAUAAGGCAUGAUAACACUUUAUCUAUAGAUAAAUCAAAUAUUUCUUCUAAAGUAGAAAUAGAUCCAAAUAAAUACAUAAACGUGAAACCUAAGCAUCUACAUACAGAUAUCCCAAAUGAUAUUACCGGAGGUAAUGAUGUUUUAGAUGACAGUGAAGAUGAAGAAGAAAAACGUAAUGUAGUAAGUGAAGCAUUUGCAGAUGAUGAUGUCAUAGAAGAGUUUAGGAGAGAAAAAGAAGAAGAGGUGAAAAAGUCUCAACCUCAAGAUAUCGAUUUAACUUUACCUGGAUGGGGUAGUUGGGGUGGAAAAAAUAUUAAAAUUUCAGGACGUAAAAAGAGACGUUUUAUUUUAAAGGUACCUAAAGAUUUACCUCGAAAAGAUGAAAAUAAAGGUGAUGUGAUAAUAUUUGAAGAAAAUAAUCCUAAAAUAAAGGAACAUCAGGUUAAUGAAUUACCAUAUCCAUUUUCAAGCGUUAAUGAUUAUGAGGCUAGCAUUAGAAUGCCAAUUGGAAGAAAUUUUGUGUCUGAAAAUUCUCACAGAAAACUAAUUGAUCCCUCUAUUAAAACAAGUAUGGGGAGGAUUAUUGAACCAAUGACUGAAGAUGUUUUAGUUAAAACAGGUGAUAAAAGGAAUCGAAAAUUUAUUCCUAAGAAAAUAAACAAAAAACAGAAGAUAAGACAAAUAAAAACAAAUAAGCAAACAAUAAAAUAAACCAGAAAAAAUUACAUUGUAAAAAAAUCUUUCAAACAGAAUCAUUCAAAUUUCUUUUUAAAAUGUAUGUAAUAUAAUAAUUUUAUAUUUCCUCCUUUUGCCUAUUAUUGGUUGUUGGUUAGUUGAAUAAACAAAUAAAUAAGUCGGAUAAAUAAAAGUAGAUAUUGAUAAUGAAAUAUGUACAGUGUAAAAUGAAUUCUUAUUACAUUUUACAAUCAAGUGGAAUUUAUAUAAAAAACAGUUAUUGGACUAUAUAAUUCUUAAAAUUAAUAGAAUUAGAAAUUAUUAAUAUAUUUUAUUUUUUGUGAAAUACUUGCAAUUUUAUAUAUACACUAUAAUACAUAAGUAUUUAGACAUUUCAAAAUUAUUGCAAAUAUAUAAAAUACACUUCAAAUAAAGCUCUAAUCUAAUUUUCAUCUGUGAUCUUAUCUGAAGUAUAAUUAAUAGAUAUUGGUAAAAAUAAUAGUUAGUAUUAAUUAACAUAAAUUAAAAAGCAAUAAUUGAAGGUGGAUGAAAAUUGCUUCUAAGGAAACAUUUAAUUUAAGUGAUUUAAUUUAAGAAUAAUGUAUCUAUUCAAUCUUGAGACCCUAAAUCGAUUGAAAUAUGUGCCUCUAAUCACAUUCUAAAAGUUUAUAUAAAUUUUGUAGUUAUUAAUGAUAGAUACAACACUUGAUUGAUGCAGGUAUAUGUAUGCCUUUUUCAGUUUCAAUUUAGUAGAAUAUAUAAUAUAGAAUAUACAUAAUAUAGAAUAUUGAAUCCCAGUUAUGGCAAGAGAUAAAGAAUUAACUGUAGAAAAACGUUCUUCUAUCAUAAUGUUGAAAGUUUAAUAAAAAUAUUAAUGUUUU